AUGUGUGGACUGACUGCAUUUUUGGCAAGCCAUCAGCAAGAUGGCCAGGGUGAUAGCAUGGAAGAUUCCGCAGAGAGCACCAUUGAUGCUAGUUUGGACCUCGUUAAGCAUCGUGGCCCAGAUGCGCGCGGCAAGUGGCUGAGUCCGGAUCGUCGAGUUGGCCUGGGGCAUGUUCGUCUUUCUAUCAUAGAUCUAAGUCCAAAAGGGAAUCAACCAUUCCACGACCCGGUUAGCGACAUCCACGCUGUCGUAAACGGGGAGCUAUACGAACAUGAAAAGUACCGAGCUCAACUAUCUCAGCACUAUCAGUUCCAAGGGCAUAGUGAUUGUGAGAUUGUAAUUGCCCUUUACAAAGUCCACGGGAUCUCCUUCGUCUCGCAUCUUCGGGGAGAGUUCGCAAUUGUGCUCUGGGACCAGAAAAGGCAACUUUUCUUCAGUGCCCGCGAUCGAUAUGGAAUCAAGUCACUCUAUUAUACCUUUUGGAACAACAAACUUCUGGUGGCCACAGAAAUGAAAUCAUUUUUACCUUUUGGGUGGAAGCCUAAAUGGUGUGUGCAGUCGCUGAGAGAUAAGUCGUUCUUUUUUCACUCACGAACCAUCUUCGAAGACGUCUAUGCUGUCAAGCCCGGUCAUUACUUAAUAAGCAAAGGCUACGGGAUGGUGGAGGAGAAGGUUUAUUGGGAUCUUGAUUACCAAGACAAGAACAUAGCCGAAGUAAGAUCAGAGGAAGAGCUCAUACAUGGCGUUCGAGAACGGCUCCUUGACGCGGUCCGUCUCCGAAUGCAAGCAGAUGUUCCGAUGGGAGUUUUUUUGAGUGGUGGAAUAGACUCCUCUGCAAUCGCUGGGAUGAUAGUUUAUCUAACCAAGCAGGGUUUUGAUGCUGGUAAUGAUAAUUCAAGAGACGUAUCUAAGCUCAAAUGCUAUACGACUCAGUUUGAUAAGAACAGUGGGGAGGAUGAGUCGGGCAAACGUACGGCUAAGUUCCUUGGUGUGGAAUUCCACCCUGUUGUCAUGGAUGAAGCAGCCAUGGCCUCAAGGAUGGCCGAUGCAGUCUGGCACAGUGAAGCAGCUAUGCCGGACACAAAUGGAUGUGCAAUGUUGGCCAUGGCAGAAAUGGCCCAUUCCCAUGGCGUUAAAGUCGUGCUUACCGGGGAGGGAUCAGAUGAACAUUUUGGCGGAUAUCCAGAUCUUUUUGUUGACAACCUUCGGGAGCCUGAUCCUUCAUGGCCGUCAUCAUCUUUCUCUGAUAAAGAGAGACUUCGACUACUUGACUCCCAUACGGCCAACCAGAACGAUAUCACGGGAAAGGCUAAUCAAAAUACCCUGGAGGCGACUGACAUACAAAUGCAAUCUCCCACUCGUCGGAUGCUCAAUAAUAUAACUAUGGCGGAUAAGCUUUCCAGAAUGUGUCAGGCUCCAUUAUCCCCUUGGGUGAAAUGUCUCUCUCCUAUUAGUACCACUGAAACGGAAUUCGCCGAGGGACUGGAUGGGGUGACUCGCCAUAAGAUUGCAACCAAGUGGCAUCCUCUGCACAGCUCGGAAUACGUUUGGACCAAAUCCAUGUUGAAUGCGUACAUUCUGCGAUAUUGUGGAGAUAAUGUCCACAUGCUGUACCAGGUGGAAAGCCGACCAGCCUUUCUUGAUCAUCACCUGACGGAAUAUGCCAAUUCAAUACCGCCCAGUCUGAAAAUCAAGUAUUCGCACGAGAGCGGAAAACACGUGGAGAAAUACAUUCUGCGAGAGGCAGUUCGCCCAUUUGUCACCGAUGAAAUCUACCGCCAGCAAAAGAAGCCGUUCCUAGGCCCACGGCUCUAUGCUUUAAACGGUCCGAUGCAUCGAUUCGUUGUUGGACAAGUCACUAAAGAUAAGGUAGCCCAGCUGGGCUUCAUCGACUGGCCCGAGACCCAGAUAAUGAUGAGGAAGGCGUUCGAGGAAGGAGGAGAUCCCUACGCGAUCAAGCAAGUGAUAUUAGUAGCGCAGUUUGUUAUCCUGGCUCAGAAAUUUGGGGUUGAAACUAGUCGUCUGUCUUGA